GUCUUUUGUCUAGGCCUCAAAACAUGAGUACCCUUAAUGACUUAUUUGAGCAGAUUAUACAGUCAGAGGAGAGGAUCCGAAAACGUUUCGCCAAACUUCGUAAUGUAAACAAGGAAAUCCAUGAGUACCAAGUGAAAUAUCAAGACUUUAUGGAUGAACUGAAAUCAUUGCAAGGAUUGUUAACGCUAAAAAACCAAACUUUGGCUGAGGAGGAAUUAAGCCUUAAAUGGUUUACUAUUCAAGAAGGCGUUUCGGCUAUAAAGAGAAGAGAGCUCUCUGAAGGAAAUGAACAUCUCUUUCUUCGAAAGGGAAAGAAAGAAGAGGCAAUUGCUAAUGCAAAGUAAGUAUAAUUUUCAUAGUUUUAGAAUCAGUUGAGUUUUCCUGUAAUCGAUCAUCGGAGAUAAGUGGAUUGACCCAACCGAUCGAUCAUCGAUUAUAAUAUAAUCGGAAUACCCAGCCAAAAAUAAAUACAUGUUUGUUUCAUGGCCGAUAUGUAAACAAAGAGCCCUGUCGUAAGACGGGACCCUGGGAAUGAAGUCACAAUUUGAGCCAAUUCUUUUAGCCACAAGCAACGUUUUUGUGGCUAUUCAGCUUUCAUACAUUUGUCAUAUUUCUGAUCGCAUAAGAUCUUUAGAUCUGUGAUCAAAAUAUGAACAAUCAAAUGUGAACAAAACAAAACCCUUACAAACUGUAACGGUUUCUUAAGUCAGAAUUGAAAUCUCGUUCUCCCGGGUUGUUUGCACGCGCAGUCGAAACUCCUUAGAACACCAAGCCAGUAUAGGAGAACAAUCUUUACUUUAUUGUCUUUAAUCCUAAUCUUGUAGCCUCAGGGCGUUUCGUUGCGAAUCGAAGCAAAGUGGUCAACUGAAAUAAUUACAUCAAGAAAUCACUAAAUAUCGUUGCGUUUCUAACUUAGAAAGUAAUCACAAUGAUUAUGCCAUGUGCUCAUGUUAAUAGAGAGCUUUGGGAGCGGUUGAAAUCUAAGUAUAGCUCUCACUAGAAUCACCAAUUUACGUAACAAUGUAAAUAUCUACAUCAGUAGAUUGUAGCUUACCAACGUUCGCGGGUCUUGAUUUUCCUAUGAGAAUUUCGUUCUAACUUGUCUUACGAUCUUGAACAGAAGGGGUCUUAGCUUGAACUGAAUGUGGGCUAUGUUUGUUAAGCAUUUAAUGCAUCAAUCACGGUAAAGUCAAUCAAAUGGGAAAAUAUUUCUCAACUUUACCGGAAGCGGUUACACAAACCAAUAGAGAGAAUUAAACACUCACUCACGAUAAUACAGAGUUCGCCGUGUUUUGUAU